GCUGGAAGCGGGGCUGCCUCUGCCAUGGCCUCCGGAUCCCCACGCAUAGGGGGCAGCGGAAAGAUCCGGACACGGUGUUGCCACCCCGGUCCCCUGAAGCCUUACUCGCAGGGGCGACGGCGCCAGCUGGGCAUUCUUAGCAGGGUUACAGAAUGUCUUCAGAAUAACGUGCCAGCAUGGCUGCAGAGAUAUUUCAACAAGAAUGAAGAAGUAUGCAGCUGCACAACAGACGCAAAGGAGACUCCAUGUUCACAAGAAAAUAGGGAAGAUGACCAGAUAGUGUGUGCCGGUGAGGAGAACUCUAAUAUUGAUGAUGGGAGGAUCACUAGUGAGUCAACAGUUGGUAAUACAGAAGAUGCCUCAACAACCAGCCCUGCUUCAAAUUAUGCAGGUGAAUUAAAUAGGCCUUCUCUUUGUCGGAGCCACUCAAAUUUCUCCAUGUUGGAAUCCCGUGCAUUGAAUUGUCAUCUGUCCACAUCAUCAGCAUUUCCAAUUGGCAGUCGUGGAUUUUCCCUUGGGAAGGAAAGUAUAGACUUUACCUCUCAGCAUGGUGAUGAUAACACGUCAACUAGCCAUCGUGAUUUUUCAGCGAGAGGUUCGGGUAAAGCUAUGGCUGCUUCAAAGAAGCCUUCAGCGCCACCUCUGUGGUCCCCAGCGGCUGAGCAGUCUCAUUCACUCUCACAGCACACUGCCACCGGGUCAAAAAAAACAGCGUUCAGCUUGUCUGCGUUUGGGACACUUUCCCCUUCAUUUGAGAAAUCUUUGAUCUUUCACACAAGUCAGUAUGGAGAUCCUCCUUGUUAUCCUGUAAAAAUGACAUAUGGUAGGGCAGCAGCUGCUUUAAGACAUUCUAAACUAGCAAGGACCUCUUAUCAGGCACCAGUAAGAAGACAGAUGAAAGCUAAGCAACUCAAUGCACAGUCCUGUGGUGUGACUAGUUCAGCAGCUCGGCGAAUAUUUCAAUCUUUAGAGAAGCUAUCAGGACCUCUAGCAGAUGUUCUUUCUUUUCCUGUGUAUUCUCCUCUUGAUAGGAGUUGGAUAGAUAACACAGAUUUUGGGGCCAAAAGAGAUAAGGUGGAUUCUCAGUAUCCUGUUCAAAAACUCAUGUCCCCAAAGCUAGUUUCCAGAGCAACAAAUCAAAGUGUUUAUUUUAAACCGUCUCACCCAUCUCAUGAAUUGAGGAAGGCUAAUCAACGAAUAGUUGAAAAGCACAGUACUCAUGAAAACAGUGUGACACCAGGACAAAAUAGAGAACAAGCAAGUGGCUUUCCAGAUGAAAAUAUGCAUCUCCCUGAACCCAAUGGAUUGUCUUCUGGAGUAGGUAGUAGAGGUGGCAUAAUUAGAUGGGAGAGAACACACUUCCUGGCAUCUAAACCACCAGUGGAGGAGGAAAUAGAAGCACCAGUAUCAUCAAAAAUCUCUCCACCAAUCACCAAUUCUUCACUGCCAGCAUUUAGUUUUCAUAGUCCUUUGCUGACAACUUCCUCUCCAGCUCCCAUCAGUCCUUCACAAUCAGUAACAGAUAAGGUACAGUUGAUUUCUCCGAGCAGCACUGGCAGACCCAUGUUUAGAUUUUCUUCUCCCAUUGUAAAAUCUACUGAGGCACUUGUACUACCUGUAUCAUCUGCUGAAUUUACAUUUAGUAUGCCUAUUGCAAAAACAGAACUUCCAGACACCAGUAGUACUUCAGAACCUAUGAGAAGUACUUCAGCUCAAGCUAUCACUACAGUGAAUAGUACAAGCCGUAAGAGGAAGCUAGAUGAAGAUGAUGAGGGCUCUCCUAGACCUGCAAAAACCCGGAAAGGAGGAAGAGUCCUUGAUGUUCUGAAAACCCCUGGUUUCAUAUCACCACAGGUAGAUGCUUUUGCUGCUCAGCCUACCACAAGCCCGGUAGUCUAUACAGGACCAGCCGUAUGUAGGUUUUCCUCUAGUGAAACUGGACUUGGGGAAAGUUUAAAAGCUAGAUCAUCAUGGCGCUGUGGUGCAUGUCUACUCCCAAACAAAAUUACCGAUGAUAAGUGCAUAGCCUGUCAAGCCACCAAGUUGCCACCAAGAGAUACCGCUGAACAAACAGCAAUUGGAACACCAAGAAAAAGUGGCAAACCAACCAUUUCUGCCUCAGGGGCAGAUUUUGGGGACAAACUUAAACCGCAAGUAGGAACUUGGGAGUGUGAUACAUGUUUAGUGCAAAAUAAACCUGAAGCAAUAAAAUGUAUAGCUUGUGAAACAAUCAGACUUGGAAUUGGUGUCACCUGGUUCUUUCCACUGCCAGUGGUUUCAGAAAGUGGCAUAACUAUGACUGCUUCAUCUUCUAGCUGCACUGUGACCACCGGUACCUUAGGAAUUGCAGAUGAGUUCAGAAUACCAAUAGGAUCUUGGGAGUGUCCAAUAUGCAGUGUUUCUAAUAAUGCAGAAGACAAUAAAUGCAUGUCCUGUAUGUCCAAGAAAACAGAGAGCUCAGUCCCUGCUUCAAAUAGCAGCACUGUACCUAUUGGUCUUUAUUCUGGAAACAGUCUAGGAUUGGAGAAGUUGAAGAAUCCUGAGGGAAGCUGGAACUGUGAAGUAUGCCUAGUACAGAAUAGAGCAGAUUCUGCCAAAUGUGCAGCAUGCAAAAGUAACUUUGCUGGACCCAGCACAGCUCAGUCUUUGCUAUUUUCUCAGCAAAAUAGCACUGGUACAGAUGUCACCCCAGUUGUCUUAGGUCCAGGAGCCAUGAGUCAUAAUACUUCAACCUCUGGUUUCAGUUCUCGAGCUACAACGUCAUCUAGCUCUGGAGGACCGUACUUUGUAUUUGGCACUGGACCUUCAACACCAUCUGCCGGUCCAGCAUUUGUUGCUAACCAGACCCCAACAUUUGGACAAAGCCAUGGUGCCAGCCAGCCUUAUCUCACAGCAUUAUUCGCAACUGGUUCCCAGCCUGCACCACCACCUACUUUUGGUGUGGCGUCAAGUGGUAACCAGCCUGCUGUGUUUGGACAGCAGCCUAGUCAGAGGGCAUUGGGCUCUAGGACAACUCCUAAUUCCAGUCAAACGGAUGAACUAUGUUUUCUUUUUCAGAAGUUCAUUUUCUGAACUCAUGAAAAAAACCGCGAGAAAUAAUGGUCACAAUGCUGAUAUACAGAACAGUUUUAUUAAUAAUGAAAACACAGAAAUACCACACAAUUACUAAAUGGAGAAGUUGAUAGAUCUGAAAGGCACUUAGCAUGGACAUCUUUAAUCAGGCUUCCUCCAUCAGAAAACUGUAGUGCACGGUACACCCAACUCACUCACUUCACACAAGCACAGCAGAGACAGCCUAGAAGUCAUUCAUUUCAGCAUCCCCUAAUCUGUACUGAUGCCUGAAGCUUCAGAAAAAUAAACAGCCAGUUGGAACUGGGCACUCUUCUGGGGACAGCCAGAACAGACUAGAUCAGUGAAUGAUUUGCUGGAUCAUCGGUUAUUUUUCUGAAGCUUCAGUCAUCAGUAUAGAUUAGGGGAUGUUGAAAUGAAUGAUUUCUGUGCUGAGUUUGUGCUGUGCUUGUGUGAAGUGAGUGAGUUGGGUGUACUGUGCACUACAGUUUUCUGAGAGAGGAAGCCUGAUUCAAGACAUCCAUGCUGAGGGCCUUUUAGAUCUGUCAACUUCACUGUUUAGUACCUGUAUGGUAUUUCUGUGUUUUCAGUAAGACUAUCACCUGUCUUUUUUUGAACCAUUAUUUUUUUCUACUACUGGAGAAAACAUCCACGACUGUAUUUCAGUCAGAGGACAGUAAGUUGCCAUCACUCCAGAGAAGCUUUGGCUACUGUGGGGCAGUGGUGCUGGUGGUGAAGUGCACACACAGUGAAAGCAAAUGCUGAGAGAGUUUGCUAAUAAAAGACCUGCCCUACUUCACAUACUAAAACGAGCCCUACCGACAGAGAAACAAAGAAAUGAGAGAGAGGUAUAGAGACUUUUAACAGGCAUAUAUAGAAUAUUACGUCCCAGGUCACCGGGGCACAUGUUCUUCACUAGUGAUCACGGAUCUUUCUCCGGAAUGGACUGUA